CCGGAACCCUUUUCCACCAAUUGCAUCAGACACCGGAGCGGCUGUAGGAAACACAUGCACGCUCCCCCCUAGUGCUAAGCUGACGUCUCAUUCUCUUUCAUUCAAAGGGAUGGCCUCUCUCUAUGUGUCCCCCCACCCUGACGACUUCAGGAGUCUACAGGCUCUGAUCGCGGCGGAGUUUUGCUCCUCUUCACGCCCCCGUACCGUCACAGAGCAGCCCCCGGCGGCCCUAAACGCCCGCUCCAGGCCCACCCUGGUGCUUGGGGCCGGGGUGGACUCGGUGCUCUCUGGGUCCAGCGCCGUGUCCUGGUACCUAGCCUCUCAGGGGAAGAGGGUUGGCCUGGACGAGAAGCAGCAGAGCCAGGUUUGGCAGUGGCUCAGCUUCGCAGACAAUGAGCUCACCCCGGUGUCCUGCGCUGUUGUCUUCCCGCUGUUGGGGGUCACCGCUCCGGAUAAGAAGCUCCAGCAGAGUUCCCGGACGGAGCUGCUGCGUGUGCUGAAGGUUCUGGACAAGGCCCUGGAGCCCAGGACCUUCCUGGUGGGGGAGAGCUUGACGCUGGCGGACAUCGCUGUCACAGCCGCCCUCUUGCUGCCCUAUAAAUACGCGCUGGAGCCGUCCGACAGAAAGGUUCUGAACAACGUGACCCGCUGGUUCCUGACCUGCAUCAACCAGCCACAGUUCCUCCAGGUCCUGGGGGAGUUCAGCCUUUGUGAGAAGAUGGUUCCUGUCACCCCCACGGCCAAUGCACCUGCUAAGAGUAAUGCACCUGCCAAGGCCAGCGCUGCCGCCGUCUGCCCACAGGCGACGAAGGCUUCUGCGGCUCCUAAGGCGACGAAGGCUGCUGCGGCUCCUAAGGAGACCAAGGCUGCUGCUGAUCCUCAGGAAGCCGGUGAUGUUAAAGAUGAUGCUGCUGCUAAUGGACCACCGAAGACAGAGGCCCAGCUAAAGAAGGAGGCAAAGAAGAAGGAGAAGUUGGACAAAUUCCAGCAGAAGAAGGACAUGGAAGAGAAGAAGAAGAAGCUGCCAACAACAGAGAAAAAGCCCAAACCGGAAAAGAAGGAGAUUGGAGUGGUAGCGUACAACACCCCUACCCCAGCCGGGGAAAAGAAAGAUGUGGUCAGCCCCCUGCCCGACGCCUACAGCCCCCAGUACGUGGAGGCGGCCUGGUACCCCUGGUGGGAGAAGCAGGGUUUUUUCAAGCCAGAGUAUGGGAGGAAGAGCAUCGGGGAGCCCAACCCCCGGGGAGUGUUCAUGAUGUGCAUCCCUCCGCCCAACGUGACGGGAUCUCUUCACCUGGGCCACGCUCUGACCAACGCCAUUCAGGACAGCCUCACCAGAUGGCACCGGAUGCGCGGUGAGACCACCCUGUGGAACCCGGGCUGCGACCACGCCGGCAUCGCCACCCAGGUGGUGGUGGAGAAGAAGCUGAAGAGGGAGAGGGGCAUGACCCGCCACGACCUGGGCCGGGAGGGCUUCAUCGAGGAGGUCUGGAAGUGGAAGAACGAGAAGGGCGACCGCAUCUACCACCAGCUGAAGAAGCUGGGUUCCUCUCUGGACUGGGACCGAGCCUGCUUCACCAUGGACACCAAACUGUCCUACGCGGUGCAGGAGGCCUUCAUCCGUAUGCACGAGGAAGGCGUGAUCUACAGGAGCAAGAGGCUGGUCAACUGGUCGUGCACGCUCAACUCGGCCAUCUCCGACAUCGAGGUGGAUAAGAAGGAGCUGACGGGCCGCACGCUGCUGCCCGUGCCUGGCUACAAGGACAAGGUGGAGUUCGGAGUGAUGGCCUGCUUCGCCUACAAGGUGGACGGCUCUGAUGAGGAGGUGGUCGUGGCCACCACCCGUCUGGAGACCAUGUUGGGGGACUCUGCGGUGGCCGUCCACCCCCAGGACCCCCGCUACCAACACCUCCGGGGGAAGUCCGUGCUGCACCCCUUCUGCGACCGCAAGAUGCCCGUCGUCUUUGAUGACUUUGUGGACAUGAACUUUGGAACAGGUGCCGUGAAGAUCACCCCAGCCCAUGACCACAACGACUACGAGGUGGGAGAGAGACACAAGCUGGACUUCCUCAACAUCCUGGACGAGAACGGCCUGCUCAUCAACGUGCCCGCUCCCUUCCUGGGAAUGAAGCGUUUUGAGGCCAGGAAGGCGGUGCUGCAGGCCCUUAAGGACAGGGGGCUCUUCAAGGAGAUCAAGGACCACCCCAUGGUGGUACCAGUCUGCAGCCGCUCCAAGGACAUCGUGGAGCCCCUGCUGAAGCCCCAGUGGUACGUGAGCUGUGCGGAGAUGGGCAAGGACGCGGCGGACGCCGUUCGGAACGGACAGCUGAAGAUCAUCCCCGACCACCACCUCAAGACCUGGUUCAACUGGCUGGACAACAUCAGGGACUGGUGCAUCUCUCGCCAGCUGUGGUGGGGCCAUCGCAUCCCUGCCUACUUUGUCACCGUGGACGACCCCUCCGUCAAACCAGGACAGGACAUGGAUGGACAUUACUGGGUGAGUGGGAGGACAGAAGAGGAGGCCAUGGAAAAGGCCACGAAACGCUUCAACGUGACCGCCGACAAAAUCCAUUUGAGGCAGGACGAGGAUGUGCUGGACACCUGGUUCUCCUCCGGUAUCUUCCCCUUCUCCAUCUUUGGAUGGCCCAACGCAACCCAGGACCUUAAUGUGUUCUACCCCGGCACCCUGCUGGAGACGGGCCAUGACAUCCUGUUCUUCUGGGUGGCCCGCAUGGUCAUGAUGGGCCUCAAGCUCACCGGCAAGCUGCCCUUCAAGGAGGUGUACCUGCACGCGGUGGUGAGGGACGCCCACGGCAGGAAGAUGAGCAAGUCCCUGGGCAAUGUCAUCGACCCCCUGGAUGUCAUCACAGGGAUCUCCCUGGAGGGGCUCCACGACCAGCUGAAGGACAGCAACCUGGAUCCUCUGGAGGUGGAGAAAGCCAAGAACGGCCAGAAGUACGACUACCCCAGCGGCAUCCCCGAGUGCGGCACAGACGCCCUGCGCUUCGCCCUCUGCGCCUACACCAGCCAAGGCAGGGAUAUCAACCUGGAUGUCAACCGUAUCCUUGGUUACCGCCACUUCUGCAACAAACUGUGGAACGCCGUGAAGUUCGCCAUGAAGACUCUCGGCGACAACUUUGUACCUUGGGAGAAAGCCCAGCUGAGCGGGGAGGAGAGUGCGGUGGACCGCUGGAUCCUGUCCCGGCUGGCGGCGGCGGUGGGAAGCUGCACCGCAGGCUUCCAGGCCUACGACUUCCCCGGCAUCACAACGGCCAUCUACUCCUUCUGGCUGUAUGAGCUCUGUGACGUCUACCUGGAGAGCGUGAAGCCGGUGUUCAGUGACGCAGAGGCCGACGGCGCCGCCCAGCGUCGGGCGCUGGUGUGCAGGCAGACCCUGUACACCUGCCUGGAGGUGGGCCUGCGCCUGCUGGCCCCCAUCAUGCCCUUCGUCACCGAGGAGCUCUUCCAGAGGCUGCCCCGGAGACUUCCACGGGACAGCCCCGCCAGCAUCUCCGUGACGCCCUACCCCGAGACGGACGAGUUCUGCUGGCAGAGUGACGAGGUGGACCGCCAGAUGGAGUUUGUAAUGACCGUCGUCAAGACCAUUCGCUCCCUCAGGGCCGACUACAAUCUGACCAGAACCCGCGCUGACUGCUACCUCCAGUGCAUAGACCCUGCGACGGCGUCCCUGGUGCAGAAGUACAGCCUGCAGAUCCAGACCCUGUCCUCCUCCCAGACGGUCCACGCCGUGCCCGCCGACCAGGCCGUACCCGAGGGCUGCGCCGUGGCCAUCGCCUCGGACCGCUGCACCGUCAACCUGGCGCUCAAGGGGCUCAUCGACGUGGAGAAGGAGGUGGCCAAGCUCGGCACCAAGAAGGGAGAGCUGGAGAAACAGAUGGAGAAGCUGAAGGAGAAGAUGGCCAAGAACGACUACAAGGAGAAGGUUCCAGUCAAAGUCCAGGAGCAGGAUGCUGAGAAGCUGCGACAAAGCCAGGCUGAACUUGAGAAAGUGAAAGAAGCCACAGACAACUUUAAGAAAAUGAUGUAACUUCCACAUUGUAUGUUAUAUAGAAUCGGUUUUGUGUUACAUAAAGUGUCAGAGGGUGGUAUGGUCUUAUUAGUCUGCCGUUUUUCCAGGGCUGUCGUGUGCGUAACUGAUUUACUAUCUUGUCUCCGUUAUGCGGCAGAAUCAAAUGACGGCUGUAAAGGCAAAUUGAAUUUUCCAUUCAUUUUAUUGAGCAUAUUUAAUACAAUUUCAAGAGAAUUGUUUUAAUGAUACAGCUUUGUACGACGCCGAGUCCAUAGAAACUAGGAGGAAAACAAUUAUAAUUACAAAGACUGGCUGCAGUGGUAAAAACAAACGUAGCGAUUUCUCCGACACGACAUUAACAAUAACUGUUAUUGAUGAUACUGUGCGCCGCUGGGAGUGCAGCACAGCGUUCGCUGCCGGCUACAUUCUUAGAUGCAGCCAAAUGGGGGGGGGAAGAAGAAAACCCACAAGGGAGCUGGAGUGCGCAUCCGUGAAAAUGCAUGACUACAAUUAGAGCAUUCAUUUUUUUAAUCAUGUUAUAUGACUUUGCAGAAUAGGGCCAGAUGUUUUCCACAUGCCAUAAAAUAAACCCCAAACUUUGA